AGAUACAUAUGGCUUUGGGUACAAACGAUAUCAUAUUGCACAUCAAGAGACUAAUUUACUCCUCUAUCAGACUUGCAUAUCAAUGUGCUUGUGAUUACCCUAUAGUACUUGGUGCUGGCAUUUUGUUGUUGUUUCUACACAGGCUUUGCCCUUCUCUAUUCAAUUUCUUGCUGUCUUCAUCUCCGGUCUUCCUUUUAACUGCACUUUUACUUGGAGCACUUCUAAGCUAUGAUGAAUCUGUUGCUCCUAUUGUUGGAGAGAAUCAACAAGCCUUGUCCCUUAAAUCCAAGAUUUCCAUUACCAACUGUUCAAUUGACAAGGUUGAGACAGUUGCUGUCGAGGAGCACUUAGAUAACACAACUACUAGCAAUGAAGUAUAUGUCAGGGAGAAAACUUAUGAGGGUAAUAUGCAUCGCACUCAGUGUGAAGAAAAAAAUGGCACCUACAUGACAAUUCACACUGUAUUAAUUGAGGAAAUAUGUACCAAGGAUGGAACUUCUGACUAUGAUUUGCAGGAUACCCACCAUGGCGGAAAAAAUGUCACAUAUAUGGAAACAAAUAGCGUUCCUUGUAUGGAGCCUUCAAGUUGUGCCAACAGAAGUGUAACUGUGGAAACAGAAGAGCACAUUGGAGAGAACAACAAGAAAGUUGAGCUGCAGGAACUUGGAAACAUGAAUCUUGAAAGUGAUAACAGUAAAGUGCAAUAUCAGUAUCAGUUAGGUGAGUUUAUGAGUUCAUGUUGGGAACCUGUUAUGAGACAGGAGCCACAGGAUACUUGUUCUGAUUCUGAAUCUGAUCUUACUGAGAGUUCUCCUGAUGCAUCAAUGACCGACAUUAUUCCAAUGCUUGAAGAGUUGCACCCACUGAUAGACUUGCAGACCAGUCACCCUUUCUUGGCCUCAAAAGACGAUUUGAAUACUUCUUCGGAUGAUGAAGAAGAUGAUCUUGAGGAGGAUGCUAGCACAUAUGAAAAUGGUUCAGAAGGGAAGAAAGAUGAUGGAAAUAACUGGGAGGAUGUUAUUGAUCUGAAUUACUUGGAUAUGGACAAUAAUAGUAAGAUGGAUAGUCUGAUGGAUCUUCAAAGAGCAAAGAACAUCCUGAAAUUUGAACUUGACAAGAGAUUAAUGGACUUGCAAGCAGAUGAUGCAGUACAGAAAAUGGAGGCGGCAUCACGCUUCCAUGUUCAGGUUCCUUCCAUUUUCACAUCAAGGCAGAUCCCAUUUGGUUUUUCAAAUGGCUCAGAUGAAAUAAUUGAAUUACCACAUCUUCCUGAUUCAGCACCAUCUUCUCUCCUUCCACGAAAAAAUCUAUGUGAUUUUUCAGUCGACAAAAAUAUGGCCCAUGAUAUUCAAUUGCAAGAAACUUGGACUCCUCAUUCAUACUUCUCAGCAAGAGGGCAUAGAAAGCAUGGUAACUUAUAUGUGCAGCACUCUACUAGUCUGCAUCACAACUGCUUCAAAUUGGAGAAAGAUGAAAUCAGUAAAAAAGAUGCUCAGGAUAGUCAGUUAGACAGUGAAGGGUACAGUGGCAAGUUAUUUGGUUCACUGGAAAAACAUAUUGGUGAAGAGAUUAAAAUAUUAAAUGCAGCAAUUUCAGAUGUGGGUGUGUUAGAGGUAAAUCAUGAAAUGGAUGAAGGUAACCGAAAUGCUGAUUCCAGUGAUGAUAUCAAUUCAUCUCCUAUCCAGAAGUAUAUACAAAGCACAUCCGAAGAGAAGGAUCCAAUUCAUGCAGGUAUUGAGCAAUUAAUAUUGUCUCCCCCCUACAAGAUAAAUAAUUCUGAUCCACAUAUAAUUGAAGGAGACUCCAUUGGGGAAUUUAACUCAUUAUUUAAGUGCCGUAUGCUGGAAGUACUAGAGCAAUCCAUCUCAGAGUCCAGUGUUAGUCAACCCUUGACAGUUAAACUUGAAGAUGAAUUGAGUGAACCGUUAUCUUCAGAGUCUGGGACUGGGACACCUGUCAUUGACGGGUGUUCAAUUGAAGAUAUGGAUCAACAAUUUGCACAGCUCAAUGAUGAAGCACUGGCAGCUUCUGAUCCGACAUGUCAUAAUGAACCAAUUCAAGAAAAACCAAGUGAAGCUUUACUAGCAGGAAACGGGCAUUAUUCUGAACUACAUCACGAAGGUUCACUGUUGGAAUUUACUUUUGAUCCACCCGUGCUAAGUGUUAAAAAAUCUACUACUGACUCGUUACCUUUACACACUGAGCAACCUGGAUGCUUUUCUGUGGCGCAUAUUCUUGAGGAAAGCUCGGUGGAAGACAUAGCUGUGGAGUUAGAGGGAGCUCACGAUCAAGUGGAGACACAUGGUUCAUCUGUUCCCACUGUCAAGCAUUCUAACAGUUCAAGUUGUCAGUUGCAUGUUUUUUCACUGGGCUCAACAGAAGAGGAAUCAUGUUUAAUUAAGCAACAGGACAAUGGAUUACAUAUGAGAAGUAUUUCAGAUGCUACUAUUUACAAGCCAACGACUACAGAGACCGAAGAAGGUACAUCAAACUGAGUUAUUGUCUCAUUGACUACUGAUGCUGAGCUUGGUGUUAUACAAGCAAGCUCAGUUGGAAGACCUGAACUCGUUCCUCGAGCAAGCUGAAGAAGAGGAACUCAGGAACAAGCACUGAUGCGGCGAUGCUUGUCUGUUCAGAGCAAGGGUCUGACCAAGAUCCAGGAGAGAGUGUGCCUGUGCUUUUGGGCAAAGCAAUGGUCAUUGCAAAAUGAAGAUGUCUCAAGAUGGUGAGGUGGAUAGAGUGGAGCUUCAACUUAGGUGUGCAGGUUAUUGAGGCUGACUGAAUGUUGAGAGAAAGGUCCUAAAACAAGGCCCAAACAACCAAUUUCUUCUGCCCCUUUGGUUGAACUUGGUCUAAGGCGUCUGUACCGGGCUAUUUCUCUUGUUAAUACAAACUGCGCAGCAAUCGUGUGCCUUUCUACAAAAAAUAGUCGGCAAUCUGAGAUAAUUUCAAACAACAGUGGAUGUACAUUGAUAUGUUCAUGCCGUGCUUUCUUUUCUUGUUUGUUUCUGCUUAUUUGGUUUUGGACCAAUUGGUAAAUUGGAGAGUAGAUGCCAAAGUUCAGUGGCAAUGACUAAUGAAAUGGGUUAUGAUAAUAAUAUCGUUUGGCACACUACCACUGACGUUUGAAAAUUUA